AUGGUAUUGCACUUCCUGCAAUGUGGAACGAUGCCUCCAGUUCUGCCAAAUCUUCAGCAUUUGUAUCCGGAUACAUUUAGUGCUCGUCGUAGCGUGGAAAGUUUAGAACUGUUCCGGGAGUUGCCACAUCCGUUGCCAGCACGAGAGAUUAACAUGGAUACUGUUGGCGAAUUGCUGAUUGCGUUUUUUGCGUACUACCGCAAUUUCGAUUUUGCGACGAAGGCAAUAUCGAUAAGUAGGGCACGAGUGUUUGACAGGUUUCGUUACUUCCAUACAUUUUCUCUUGGUUUUUCGGAAAAACCAUUCCAUUUAGUUUUAACAUAUCUUCUUAACCAAAGAAAGUACAAAACACGUGGGAAUGCUGGGGCAGAUGUAAAUUCGUCUCAUGGCUCCUCACUCACGCAAUUGGUGCUUCAGCAGUUGUUUUGA